AGUUCACAGCGGUUAGCUACAGUACGCGUGUCGGUUGGCUAUAUCUCUUGUGCCAAACAAAUCAGAUGUUGUGGUGGGCGGGACCGUGUUCUUGAACUCAGAGAGGCGAGUGCAGGAAAGGACGUGCAGUGACAGUCGCGUUAGGAACGAAAUGGCUGCAAAAAGGCAUGUUAUCGGCAUAUCGGUGGAAAUUAUGGCCGAUACCGAUAACCCUAAAAUGCAGAAUAUCGGCCCGAUAUAUCGGCCAGGCCGAUUAUCGGUCGACCCCUAGUUCUUAUGUUCAGGUUUUAUGACAGAAAUCCUGAGUCUUUUUUUUUUUUUUGUUCUGCACAGCAUUAUUUUUUCUCUAUUGCAGCAGAACUUUAUGAUUAUUUACAAUUACUUUAUCAGCUUUAGUGUGAAAAUAAUGUCUAAAAAUAAUAAUCAACUUAUCCUGUGGCAUAUUCCUAUGCAGACCUCAAGAAACAACAUAUUUGAGGCAUCAUUCACAGAGGCCAGACUCAUGAGUUGGAAUCGGCUUAUUAACGUUUUUCGUCUUGGCCGAAAAACACCAAGCCCAAACCCAGAACCAGAUCCUGAAUUUGAUCGUUCAUGGCGGCCAGUGGCAUGGAGUGAAGAUAACAAGAAUGAGAUGUUGAAAUCCCUGAAGGAUUUCCAGCCGGGUACUGCAGAAGUCAGCGAGAUUAAGAUUCUGCUUCACGGCCCAAUCGGAGCAGGAAAAUCGAGUUUUAUCAACUCCGUCAACACCAUCCUCCAAGGAUACAACACCACCGGUGCACUGGCAGAUUCAUCAGCUGGUCAAAGUCACAGCUUCACUCAGGAGUUUAAAAUUCACAGGCUGAAGAAAGAAAGGCCUGGAACUUUCUAUCCAUUCACCCUUUCUGACAGCAAGGGUCUGGAACCAGGGGAUUCAGAAGGAACGCAAACAAAAAAUAUAAAGAAAAUAUUAAAGGGCCAUGUGAAAAGUGGUUACACUUUGAACCCUGUAAAAUCAACUGAGGAAUGUGAUCAAAAGCCCAGCCUGAAAGACAAAGUGCACUGUCUGGUCUGGGAUUCCUCAAGUUGUCAUCAUGCCACUGGUUGACAAAGCAUGUCCCCUUGUUAACAAGAAUCUGGUAAGAUCUACACCAGCAAAAAAAAAUCAAAGAGAAGAUGAAAGAGUGCAGUGUUAAACUGGGAGUCCUGAUGAACUGCAUCUUUCCUGUGAGGAACUACCAUGAACAGGUUACCAACGACUUGUACAUGGAUAUUCUGAUUCUCAUGGCAAUCACUAAUAUCAUUAGAUUUGCCAAUGACUAUGUUGAAGACCAAGUUUACAAUGAAUAAGUUCCCCUUGUUUCUUGUUUAAUCUCAAACAUGCAACUGGAUUGUUUCAGGAAUUCACAGAGGUUUACUUAGAGACUAUUAAAACAAGCUUAAUCAUUUCACUUGCGGUGAUGCAGUGAAUAUUCAUUGAGAAUAUUUAGUGAUUAUGAUACAUGAAAUACAUUGGAAAAUUAUAACAUCUCAUCUUUAUUUGCUAUUAUCUUUUAUGACUGAUAUCUUUAUGACUUUAUGACAAUGAUAUUGUUUUAAUGAAGGUCACUUGGAGCAUGAUUUUCUCUUUUUUCCAAUUUUAAUGUAUACAACAAGAGUAUAAAUAAAAGACAGACCUACAAGAGACACUGUAGGAGUAAUCUUUACUAUUGAUAUUUUAUGGGGUUAAUAUUCUACCUGGCCAAAAAAAAUAAAUUUGCACACUAAUAUUUUAUUGGAAAGCUUUUAUACAUUUACCCCCAACUUUCCCGAACUCUCACCUUUUCCAUGAUUCAUUGUUGUGUCAUAGCGGAAGCCGGUAUCUUUCUUCUGCUCCACUCUGUUGACAUUUGUAGCUAAUGCUAACUGCUAGGUACCGUAGGUAAGAUCAAAGAUGACUAAAUGAAGGUUACACGGGUCCGAUUUUCUGACGUGCUCUGUGGAAAUCAAAAACCAGCAUCCGGGAGAGGUGGGUCUCAUGGCAACCCCAACUGUCUCUCGUAGGAAAGCCAUGGAUAGCUUUGAUUACAGCACACAUUCACAGUUUUGACAACCUUAUACGAUGUCACAACUUUUAUUUCCAUCCAGAGUUGCAUUAAUUUUUCACCAGGAUCUUGUAUUGAUGACAGGAAAGUUGAGCCACUCUGUAAAAUCUCCAGCACAUAGACUUUCAAUGGGGUCAAGAUCAGGACUCUCUGGUGGUUAAUUCAUACUGAAAAUUAUUCCUCGUGCUUCUUGAACCACUCUUUCACUAUUUGAGUCCAAUGAAUCCUGCCAUCGUCCUGGAAUAUGGCUAUUCCAUCAGGGAAGAAAAACCCUACUGAUGUGAACCUGGUAAUUCAGUACAUACAGGUCAUCAGCUGACUUCAUUUUAUUGCCCCAUACCGUUGCUGAGCCUUGACCUGACCAACUGAAUCAACCCCAGACAACACUGCCUCCAGAGGCUUGUAAAGUGGACAGUAUGCAUGAUGGGGGCAUCGCUUCAUGAGCUUCUCUUCUUACCUUGACAUGCCCAUCACUCUGGAAUAGGGUCAGUCUGGACUCAUCAGACCACAUGACUUAUUUCCAUUGCUCCAGAGUCCAAUUUUUAUGCUCCCUAACAAAAUGAAGCCUUUUCUCCUGAUUAUCCUCACUAACAAGUGGUUUUCUUAUGGAUGCACAACUGCUAAGUACCAAUCCUGUGAGAUCUCGUCACACUGUGAGUGUGAAAAUGCUCUUAAUUUCACUAUCAAACAUAGCUGAGUUCUACUGUUGAUUUGUUAUGAUUUCACUUCACCAAGUAUUUAACCAGGGGCGGCACAGUGUUGUAGUGGUUAGUGCUGUCGCCUCACAGCAAGAAGGUCUGGGUUCGAGCCCUGUGGCCAGCGAGGGCCUUUCUGUGCGGAGUUUGCACACUCUCCCUGUGUCUGCGUGGGUUUCCUCCGGGUGCUCCGGUUUCCCCCACAAUCCAAAGACAUGCAGGUUAGGUUAACUGGUGACUCUAAAUUGACUGUAGGUGUGAAUGUGAGUGUGUAUGGUUGUCUGUGCCUAUGUGUCAGCCCUGUGAUGACCUGGCGACUUGUCCAGGGUGUACCCCGCCUUUCGCCUGUAGUUAGCUGGGAUAGGCUCCAACUUGCCUGUGACCCUGUGGAACAGGAUAAAGCGGCUAGAGAUAAUGAGAUGAGAUUAAGCAUUUAAGCAAUAUCUUAUCGCAUACAGUGAAGUUUUUUUCAACCAGGUUUCUUCUGUGAAGUUGAAGGUUCACCACCAUCCUUCCAGGUUUUAAUAAUGGGUUGGAUACAGCUUCUGACACAGUAGUUUAGGAAAGGAGAAGCUACUCAUUGCAUCAUUUCGGGUUGAAAGACUUGUUGCAGCUGAAACCUAUUGCUCACUGCAGUAACUAUCCAAUCAAUGGCUAAGUAUUUGUUUAUUUGUUUACUUAUCCAAGCAGUGGAUAAGUAUUCGUAAAUCCAAACAGCCACUUUUUUGGAUAGAAAACAUGUGUAAGCUUUUGUAAACAUUUUAAUUUUGAUGUUAAAAAAAAAGGACGGGUAGUCCUGCACUUCUGGUUCUGAUAAGUAUAUUGCAAUACAUAACCAUGACAGCAACAGAUACAUAACAGUUGUGUAUGAUUGAUUGGCCCUCUGUAGCUUUAAGGAGGAAAAAACACAUGGGCUUAUGAGAUGUUGAUUUUUCUUUGCUCAGGAUUUACCUUUAUUAAAAAAUGCAGACUAAUGAGUGAACAUAUCUAAAAUACAGAAUAAAAAAUAACCAUUACUGAACAUCUUGGCAAAAACACACAGGAUUGAGUUUACAGUAUUUCCUAACCAUUUAAAGGAUUACAUCCAGCAUUGUUUACACAAGUUAAAUGAAGAACAGAGACCUCCAAAAUGGGAAAUUAAUAAUAAGUUCAAGCCACUGCACUCUGCACUGGUUAUUGAGAGAAGUAACAACUACAAAGCCACUCCCCUAAAAUUCACAAAUUAAUGAUCACCCAGAUUUGCAUUUGAAUUUACGUUGACAAGACAAGGCCAGAGGUGCCAAAAUACUGAAACUGUUUAUAUUUUUGUGCAUAUGUAACCACACACAUACCUUGAUUCAUCUUAUGCUGAAUAUAUAUUGAUUGAAAGCCAGGUAUGUUGAUUUUCAGUAAAGAGUAAUUGAAGUUAAUGCUAUUAAAAGCAAAAAUAAAUUAUCAUAAUUACAGUAAACAAGUAAAAUACAUUAAAGAUAUUGAGGUUGCUUAUACUGAAAGGUUGUUUUCUGAUAAAUCACAGGCCUAUUCAAAACGUGGAUUAUUCUAACCCAGCACCUGCAGCAUUAUUAUAUGUUGUAAUGAGCUAGCCAAGGCCAUGUUGAAUCAAGCAAUUGUUUAUUCUGAUUCAUGCGAUUCAUGUGCCGGAGUGUUUUGCACGCUAACGUAAUACAUUUUAUCAAAUCAUUCUGAAUCGGGUAUUGUUAUAGCACAAGCUCCACAAACUGGCCAAGGUCACGAUUGUACCCUAUCAAGUGUUGUGCUUGUUUGUACCUGCAGCCUGUAUCAGUCUUUAAGCUGAUUUGACUCCAGUCAUUUUGAAUCCUGAAUUGAUCUGAAUACUGUGUUCUUCACCAUGCAUCACUUCUUAUCAUAUGUUUUGAUUCUUCCUGAACUGACCAUUCAUACUAGAAAAUUUGGCUCGGUUGAUUCCAAACAUGAGAAGUGUGAGAGGUACUGCCCAAUAGAAAAUGUUGAAGUUGUAUGAUGUGACAUGUUAACCAAUGAGAUUAUUGACAUACACUGUGUUAUUUUGAAACUGUAUAA